ACCAUAAAUCACACAUAUGCCUCACGGAAGUCUACGCACUCAAAAGUCGAUAACAAGGAGGAGAAGUGUCUGGUUGAAUUCAGAUGCCAUUGAUGUGCUGUUAGCCAACCAGGAGAAGGAUAACAAAGCGAAAACUUGUCACCAUGGACACAAACGAGGCCCAUCAAGUUGCAGUCUCUGACAGCGACUCUGAUGAUGAAUUCUUUGAUGCAUUAGCCAAUGAAGAGUUCAAAGCUGGCAGUGAAGAAAACGAGUCUCUGUCAAGAAGCAGUGGUGAUGAUCAUCCAUCAGUGCAGUCUGUAGAGAAUUGUGUUUCAGUGUCAGGUGAAACUGCAAAGGAUUUGCCUUCAGAUUGCCAACCUGGGCAAGAGGAAACUAUAGAUGUCAGUUCUGUUUCAAAGACAGAACUGAAUAUAGAGGAAACUUGUGACAGUUUAUCCAGCAGAAUGAAAGAAAGUGUGAAGGUUUUGGACAAAUCUGGAGGUGAUGCCUGCUCUAGUGUUGUAGACGAUGCAAAUGUAGAUAAUGAACAAACAUCUGAUAAUUUGAUAGUUUCUUCAGAUAUUUCUACUGGUCAACCAGUUAGUUCAGAUGGUUCCACGAGUCAGCCAGUUGUUUCAGAGGAUCAAGAACUCACUCAGGAUGAAGAGGUGUGCAAAGGCCUGGAAGCAGAGGAGAAGGAGGAUGAUAGGUUGCAGGAAGAAGGAGAGAAUGUGGAGGAAGAGAAGAUAGUGGAAGAUGAGAUGGGGAUGAGGCAACAAAGGGAAGAUGCAAUGACCGAUGAAGAGAGAGAGAAUCUAAAGGAGGAAGCUCAGUCACACAAGGCAAGAGGAAACAAUCUGUUCAAACAAGAUGAGUUUCUGGAUGCAAUAUCCUCCUACUCCCAAGCAUUGGAAGUCUGCCCUCUCUGUUACAAAAAGGAGAGGUCAAUAAUGUUUGCAAACAGAGCAGCAUGCAGAGUGCGUCGAGAGCAGAACGAGAUGGCCAUAGAAGACUGCAAUAAGGCCCUUGAACUUCAUCCACACUACUUGAAGGUAUGGCUAAGGAGAGCAAAUACCUAUGAGCUAAUGGAGAAGCUAGAUGAAGCCUUGGCAGACUUCAAACAAGUCCUGGAGUUAGAUCCAAGCUCUUAUGAAGCUAGAGCAGCUUGUAUGAGGCUUCCUGAGCAGAUCAAGGUUAGAAAUGAAAAACUGAAAGAGGAGAUGUUUGGGAAGUUGAAAGACCUUGGUAACCUGGUGCUACGUCCUUUUGGUCUGUCAACGGACAACUUCCAAAUGCAGCAAGAUCCCAACACAGGAUCCUACUCUGUCAACUUUAGUCAAAACCCGACUUCAGGGAAUGGGAGACCGUAACAGAGUGAUGACUCAUUUAAGGUGGAGGGACUAAAAAACCCAUUCUCAUUGUGUUGAAGCCAUAACCCAUGGAAAUCUUGUGCGAUGUCUUUUUAUCCUGUCAACAGAAGAAGCGUUAAGAUUUGUCACCCAAAACCCAGGCCAACUUCUGGGAAUGAGAGACCUUAGCACAGGCUUAGCACAGUGAUCCAUGUGAUGAACAGCUCUCUUUGUGUCUAAGGCAUGGAUUAUAACCCUUGGGAACCUAGUGCCAUGUCCUUUUGGUCUCAACGGAAGAAGCGUGUAGAUGCAGCAAGGUCCCUGUACAGAAUCAUACAUGUAAAUUUUGCUAAAAUCUGUCUUCAGGGAAUGAAUGACCCUAGCAAAGUGAUGACUAUUAGGCAAAGUUACAGGCAAGUAUGAUAGUUUCUAAGACAUGAACAUAACCAUUAGAAAUAUAGUGCCAUGUCUUUUUGGACUUUCUAAGGCAUGAACAUAACCCUUGGAAACCUAGUGCCAUGUCUUUUUAAACUUUCUAUCGGACGCAGCUGUUAGAUGCAGCAAGAUCCCUUAUACAGGAUCAUAGUCUGUAAACUUUCCCUCAAUCCACUAUAUGGAAUGGAAGACCUUGGCUCAGUGAUGGCAUUGAGGUGAAGGGAAAAGAAAGUGAGUCUAAUUGUGCUGAAGACACUGUACAUACCCUUGGAAACCGUGUGUCAUUCCUUUUAGAUUGCUGACCUUAGUACAGUGAUGAGUAAGGAUAUAUAUGAUAGGGAUGUCAGUAUUAUGAUUGGUGCAUUCCACUGUCCUGAAAAUAAAUGGGUUUUUUUAAGGUUUCUGAUGUGCUGCAAUGUGACGGAGAAAUGUAGAAAGAAGGUCCGAGGAUGAGAUUUUUUAAUAUGUCAUGAAAAAUACUUGAGCAACUGAUGUGCAUUUGUCUGACUUUUAUUUCAUCAAAUAUUAACAAUUAUGUUGUUUUAGUCAUGUGAACAUGCAGAUAUAAUUAUUGAAUAAAAUGUUUUGAUUAAUUGAAGAAGUACUCAUAUUUAUAAUGAAUCAUGGCGAAUCACAAAUGAAGUUAACUUGGAUUAUAUCUAGUAUGCCUUUUAAGUAUGCUAUUGGAAUCGCAAAUCAGUACAAGCACAAUGCAUGUGACUAAAUUUAUUUUGCUGAUUUUCGUUUUUUUAUAGUUCCACUUUAAGUUUGAUUUUAGUGAAUGAAGUUAAAUCAAAGCGUUAUCAAAUUAAAAAAAUAUACUUUCCUGGUAACAUAUUGUCUAAACUGAUCCCACUACCCCCCCCCCCCCCCUUGCUCUCUCAGAUUUCUUUCUCUUGUUUUAUAUAUUCUAAUAUCCUGCUUUCAUGCCGUAUGGUAAUUUUUUAGUCGGUAUUUAUUAUUUUGUAAUGCUUUAGUCCAAUGGACUCUAAAACUUGGAAAUGGUGUGGUUUCAUUGUGAUAAUGUUUCUUAAAUAAGAAUGUGAAAAGUGAAUAUUUAUCCGGAAAUUCAAUAUUUUGUAUGAUAUAUGUUUAUUUUGAAGAAGUCUAUUUCAUUAGCUGGGAAAUUUCCCUUACCUUCACUGUUAAGUCAAAAGCUUAUAUUAUUAACUCUUAUUAGACUUAAGUUACGGUCUAGUUAUAUGCUAAAAGUCGGCUGAGUCAUUAAAGCCUGUCGAACCAAAGAUCAUGGGUUCGAGUCCUCCCUGGGCAGAUGACUGAAGCCAGUGCAGUGUGUGUAAACGUCUCUCCCAUGUUCCAUAGAUGCAGGCUAUGUUGUAGUGGAUAAUACUCUGUCCCUCGGAUAGGACGUUAAAUGGAGGCCCCGUGUAGAGGAGAGUCACCAUGUUUGCAAGUUAAGACCCACUCCACUAUUCGUAUAAGAGUAGGGGGAAACCCUGGUGUAGUGGUCCACCUGCACUCCCUUAAUCACUUAUAUCGGGAGGAGAGACCUGCGGGUCACAGUGAUUCAGUUCGCUUUUCGCCUCCCAGGCACGGGUGACACCAAUACCAAAAUAAUAAUGAAAAAUCAAAAAGUUUGAACUUUGUUAUAUAUAUCCUUUAUUUUUUUGCAUAAAUAGGGAAUGAGCUUUUGUAGUUAUCAUUGUCAAACAAUAAUAGAUCUUUUUUUUAUUGUUUUUAAUAUCACUUCUGUCAUGAUAAACUCAUUGUAAUCUGUAAAAGAUUUGUGACCCUUUUGGCUGUUUAUAGUUCAAAUACAAAAUAGACCUUGCUUUUAGUAUGUUCAAGAGGAGUUCAGAAUAUGGACCAAAAUAUUCUGAUAACUGAUACCAAUUUUUAUUUGAAGAAUGAGUGUUUAUUUAUUUAUUUAUUUUACAGACAGGUAUUGGUUUUAAUGGUAAAGUUCCUAGUUUUCUGGAUUUAAAAAAAAUUACAUGUUCUCCCUUGUCCUAAAAUCAGAAUUGUAGCAUUUUGUUGUUGUUGUUGUUUUCCAUGACAAGUCACCUAUGAAAAAUGAAAGUGACAAACAAGGAUAAACAAAACAGGAUAUCGAUACAAAAAUGAUAAAAACUUUUUUUAGUGCAAGUUUUCCCAAAUUUCAAACAAAAUCUGCUCUGGAUCCUUCAGUUCAAGUUGAAAAAAUAAUGUUCAUCUCUUCACUCCAUUUUGCCUACCUGAGCAGAAUAAUCUUGUAUAUUUUCCAUAUUUUUCCCCUUCCCUACUUACAAAAUAUUUCCUUACUGCUAUCAUUCAAAUACAUUGGGUUGAAAAAUUGAAAAUUAUUGUUUCAUACCCAGUAAACAGUUUUCAGAUGAUCAUGCCCCCUACAUUGAUCUUAGAGCUGAUUGUGUGAGUUUGUGAAAAUUGAUCAACAUUCAGGAAGACCAGAAAUUACGGCUGUGCUUUCUCUGUUGGAAGUCUUGAUGAAGGUAUUUUAGUUUAAAGGGAGGUUGCCCUCUAUCGUCCAAUAUUUUAUAGGUGAUUUACUGGUUUAAUCAGAUAACAGAUAAAUAAAGAUAUAAAGAUGUAAUAUCAUUCAAAAUCAAGCCAGUUUUAGAAUAUGGAUUGUAGUUUUGUUUCAUUGUGUCAUUAAUAGUUCUUGUUUAUCUGUGAAAGUUUAUUUCUUCUUCCUUUUGUACUCUUUUGUUUAAAUGCCUGAUACAUGAAUUAAUAUAUUUCAUACUUGAAGUAUGCAAAGAAUAUCAAUAAUAAAAUAUUAUAAACUGUUUGAAAUGG